AUGGUUGCAUCACUCGAGCUGCCUACUGGCAAAGAGAAUAAGCAGCCUGAUGCAGGGAAACAGGAUGACAGAGAGAAAAGAGAAGAGGAUGAAAAAGAAGCAAGGAAGAAGAUGCGGGAGGAGCGGCAGAAGAGAUGGCAAAUGUUUUAUAAAGCCCGGAUGAGAGACAUUGUUCCUGGUCUCGUUCUGGGUAAUGUCCAGGCCUCAUUUAAUCCAGAUAUGCUUCGAGAGCAUGGUAUCGAUGCUAUAGUCACACUUUGUGCUGAUAGCUGGGCAAAGUGGAGGAGCCACACGAGACAAGUGGUUCCAGAACAUCGUCACAAAAGGGUCCAGUGUACGGAUUCAUCGACACAGGACCUUCUAACUCACAUGAGCGAGACCUGCGACUGGGUCGAACAGAUGGCUUCUCCAGCCUUACGGUCAUCAUCUACUUUACCAGGAGCACAGGAGUACGAACUGAGUGAUGACUCCCGCGCCGCACGUCCAGGGGCUGUAUUGAUUCACUGUGAUUUGGGAAUAUCACGUUCUCCAACUAUGAUUAUUGCAUAUCUCAUGCGCAAAUACGGUAUCAAGCGAGAAGAUGCAUUGGCAUUCGUUAUGUCGAAGCAGAGAGUCAAACCUAGUGCUAAUUUUACCCGACAACUUCAAAUAUGGGAGGAGGUGGGGUAUCAAGUGUGGGAGAAUGAGGAGAGGACAAUUCCGAAAGCACCAUACCAAGUAUUUCUGGAUGACCGAGCAGCUCUUCUGAAAGAGUUGGGACUCACAUGA